AUGAUCUCCUUGCUGGAAGCAUUUGAUGAGACCUUAACCGCAAGGGCAAGUGGUCCUGUAGUGGUUGAAGCAGUGUGUAGGAAGAUAGAAUCGGCAUGCGUCUUUCCUGAUGACAAGAUGAUGUUGAGGAGGAUUGCUUACGUUGAAACUAACGAUGGACUUGAUGGCGGUACGUACGCCCCUGGCAAUUUUGGAGGAAUCUGGAAGUUAACAAAAUCAUUGAGUUCUGCUCUUUACUCUAGUAUUUAUGGAGCGUUUAAAAUUGAUUGGAAAACUGUUUCCUACAGUGAGUUAUCGAAACCGUUUUAUUCCGGAUUAGCGGCUCGAAUAUUUCUUUCUUUGCUAUCCAACAAUCUUCCAAGAUCAGUGAUAGAUCAGGCUAUAUUCUGGAGUCAGAACUAUCGGACUAACGGACAUUUAUCAACUUAUAUGAAUAAAGUUAAUAAUUUGAAUACAGGAUGCAAAAAUGGAAUAGCUGAUAUCGUGCUUGCAAUCGACGGAUCUGGGAGUAUUGGUAUCUUCGACUUCAACGUUAUAAAGAGUUUCUUGAAAAAUUUUACUAGUUCCCUGAAUAUAGGAUCGGAUCCUAGCUCCCAUUCAAGAAUAUCUGUGGUUCAAUUUUCAGAUCACGUACAACUUGAGUUUGAUUUGGAUGAACACUCCACACUCCAUGAUUACGAAAGAGCUAUUGAUAACAUUAACUAUCUAGAUAUGAAUACGCAUACUCACCUCGCUUUAGAAUAUUUGACAACUAAGUCAUUUGUACCAAGUGCCGGAGCGCGGUCAGCUGGGGUUCCUAAAAUCGCAAUUGUAAUAACUGAUGGAGCUUCCAACUUUUACAACUUAACACUUGAUAAGGCUGCAGAGUUGCACCAAGAAGACAUAACUGUCAUCGCAGUUGGAGUCGGCGCUAGCGUCAAUAGAGAAGAGCUAACUGCCAUUGCAACAGAGCCGAGUUGCAGGAAUGUCUUCUAUCUGGAUGGCUAUUUUGAUUUGCAGGAGUUGAAAGAUACAAUCGAAAAGAAAACAUGCGAAGCCCCAAUUUACGUGUCAGACACUCCACUGAACUUUACUCUUUACGCGAACGAGACUAGGAACUGCAAAUUAACCGUCACAAAAAGUGGUCUAACAGUAGAGAUCGUUGGAGGUGAUGGUACAGUGUACUUCUCAAAUGACACUUACCCAACUUCGGCGUUCUACGAAAUCAGUGUGCACAUAACAACAUUCACACCUGCUGUCGUGUAUUUUCCUGGCUUUGUUUAUUCUCAUGAAAGAUAUGUCUUUUGCCGAAUCGAAAGUCACACCAAUAACAAAACCAUUUAUGAAAUUGAAACUGUGAACAACAAAACUGACAGUUGUGAUCCAAACCCUUGCCGAAUAAACCAAAAGUGCGUUCCAAGAAAACAUUUUUCAUAUGAAUGCGUUGACGAGUAUGGGAAAACUAAGCCGACAACAACGAUUUACGAAUUUAGCAGAACACCGAGGACAACUAGAUCAACUACAUUUCCGGAAUUAACUAGGACGCGAAAAACCCCUCCAACAGUGAAGCCAUCGACGCCGUUUUUGGGGUUUACUGAAAUUCCAACAACAGCCCCACCUGUUCUUACAGCAUUUAUAAAAUUCUCAAAUACGUCAAGAACAGUUUCAAGAAUAAUGACGACUCCCUCUUUCGAGUUUACUAGACCUCCAAAAUUGACUACAACCCAAACUUCAGCAGUUUCUACGUUGAGAAAAUUAACGACAACUGAUCAUUCAGUGGAAUCAUCUAAAUACAGCUGCGUUAAAAAUAAUCCUUGCACAGAGGAAAACGCUUCUAAAAGAAAAUUUUACUUCCCUCAUGAUGACCCUUCCAAAUUUGUGCAGUGCAGUCAGUGGGGCCAGUGCUUUGAGAUGUCCUGUCCUGCAAGUCUUAUUUGGCACGCUACGUACAACACGUGCAUUCGAUCCAGAGCCAUGAUAUAA